CACGCACACGUCUUAGUGCGUUCCGGUGAACCGUAACGACCUUUGACCUGGCGAUCGAAAAAAAACAUGGCGGCCUCCACAAGGAACUAGAAUUUGUUGUGGUUUUCGUGAAAGGUUACUAUGACAUCAAAGAGGUCACAUAUUGAGCUGGAUCCAGAUUAUGAAGAUGUCUCUGAGGUACAGAACAAGAGGAGGCGUGUUCUUGAAGAAGGGGCAAAAGAGGCCACUAAGAAGAAGAUUGUCUCCAUUAUCAAGAAACAGUUUGAUGUUGAAGUUAGUAAUAAAGAGGCUGAACUUCUCAGUAUUAGUGAGAAAUUGGAAAUGGCCAGAAGUAUGAUGGAUAGACUAAGGGCAUGCAUUGUUGCCAACUUCUAUGGGAACGCCAAUCAACAGAAAUCUUCUAAGAAGUCAGCAGACCAAGUUCCAAUGAUUCAUCCUACAGUUAGAAAGUUUAUUGGUAAAGCCCCACCAGGCACCCCUGCUCUACCAUCUCAGUGUGAGGUCAAACAAGAGGCUCCAGAAGGGGAAGUCAAACAGUCAGAAUUGGUCUCAGAGCGAAUUGGGAUAGUAUCAACAAAAGGACACAGAAAACCUGAGGAGACUCAAAGUCGAGGUACAGAACAACCAGACUCAAGAACGGGCAGGUUUAAAGUGAAGAAAAGGAUUAUUGUUGGAAAUGUCUCGAAGAGUAUACCAGCAGAUCAGCGGGAUGAAAAUGACCAGGCCACUCACAAGUGGAUGGUGUACGUACGAGGUCCAAAAAACAGCCCCAGUAUUGAUGACUUUGUGAAAAAAGUUUGGUUCUUCUUACAUCCAAGUUACAGACCCAAUGAUCUAGUAGAAGUCAGCCAGCCUCCAUUUCAUUUAACAAGACGGGGUUGGGGCGAGUUUCCUGUAAGAGUUCAGUUACACUUUAAAGACCAUAGAAAUAAAAAACUGGAUAUUGUACAUAACUUGAAGCUUGAUAGAACAUACACUGGUCUACAGACUUUAGGCUCAGAAACUGUGGUAGACAUAGAAAUUGAAAAAGACAUUCCAAAAGUGAAACGAGAAAAAUCAAGUAGUGCAGUAAAAGUAAAACAGGAAGUUGGAGUAGAGGAUUCCAUAACCAUGGUACCAGCACAGGAAGCUGCUGUUGCUAUGGAGAUUAAAACUGAACCUGCAGACGAUCAUGAUUAUGGCAGGUCAGCUUGUUUAGAAAGCAAUAGAACAAGUUCUCAUAGUCCUGCCAACAAGCAAGUUGUGAUGAAUCAUGUAUCAAGUGUAUCAGGAACUAAUAUAAAAUUACCACAUGGACCUACAGCAGUAACAGAAAAUGUGUUGUUUGCAAGGAAUCAAGUGGAGACAGUAAUUAGUCCAAGUAUUAUAACAACUCAGCCACUGACUUUAAUUCCUGUGGGUCAACCUCUGCUUCAGAAUCCUAAUUUACCUAAAAUGUACCCAGUUACCCCGCCAAAGAACAAUGUUGUCCAGCUUCAGGCAGUCAGUCCUGGAGUAAACGCCAGAGUGACUUCCCCUUCCAGGAAUGUAAUUCUGAAAGGUUUAGGUUCACUAAGUGCCUCUAAUGUAGGUGGAAUAAAAACUGUGGUUGGAGGCAUGCCAAAUACUUUAAUUCAGGUUAGUCCAACAAAAAGUCAAAAUUCAAAAAAUAAUUUCAUGAUGCCAUCACAGCCUGUAAUAUUGACAAAUAUGUCUGGGAACCAGCCACGUGCACAGACUGGAUUACUUCAGACAAGUCCAUUGUCAAAUCUAAAGGUGAAUAAAACAGUGAACCAGCCUGCAAAUUCAAACUUGAUAUUUCUGAAAUGCACAGAUAACCAAGGAAAAACCUACCUUAUACCUCAACAGGUUGGUUCUAGUGUUUCACCACUGUCCAAAGGAAGUAGUCCUGGACAGAUUCGAGUGACAUCCCCAGUAACUCAACCUGUGUUACUGACAUCUAAUGUUGUGAAUGGAAAGCCAGAUGUCAGGCAGUCCGGCGUAACUUCUAGUCAGUCUCAAGUGAAUGCUACUUCAUCAGUGCAAAAUACAAAGAAUAUUGUAACCCAGUCUGUCAAGCAGUCAACUGAAAAUGGGCCAGUACUUUUUAUUAAACCAGAUAAUAACCUGAGUAAAAGAUUGACAAAUGCAACUUUAGUGAAAUCAAACUGUGUAACGCCCACAACAACUUUGAAACUAAAAUCGUCCAGCAGUGUUCAGUUUGUUCAAAGUGUCUCUCAGAAUCAGAAUUUGAAUAUUUUGAAUUUAAAAUCUGGGAAGCAGACGACAGUAUGUUCAGGGAACCAGAAUGUGGUUAGAGGUCAGUUGAAGGUUACAUCUCAGGGAUUAAUUCAAGUUCAAGGUCAGCUAAGACCUCAGCAGCCCAAGUCUCAGUUGAAUCUUGUUGAACAGAGGGUUUCUGUAAAUGGAGGAUUGGUUCCCGGCUCCUCGCAGUUAGUUAAGACAAAGCCACACCCAUUAAUACUGGUACCCAGUGGAAACAAGGUAGACAUGCUGCAGGGUAAAGGUAAAUCAUUACUGAAUAAAACUGUUGCAAAUUUGCAAGUGCCACAGUCUAACGGUAGUGUAAUUGUAAUGAACCAGUCUGAUGCAGUUUCUAAGAGCAGUGAUGUAGGAAAAGUUGUGAUAAGUCCGUCAGGAAUUCUCAGUAAGUCAGAGCAGGGAAAACUCAUCAUCAACAAGAGUAAAAAUCUUGUAGUUGACUCAGGAGGGGAAACAUCUAAAGUGAAACAGAAUAAUUUAUCUAAUCAUAUACUUAUUGUGCCAGUUUCCUCUAAGUCAGCUGUUUCCAUGGAUACCAAGGAUCAAACAAGUGCAAAAAUAACCAGUAUCUCAAAACUUGAUACAGCAACGACAAAUGGCAAGCGUACAGCAGGACAAUUAUCUCUGGAAUCUCAUGACAAAACUUUGAUAGUUGUUCCGAAUGAUAAAAGUCCAAAAACUACAAACUGUGAAAAUACUCUGGGUGGAAAAGUAAUGUCUAGUUUACUUGGUUCCAUUUCAAACUCGCCUUUGGGGUCUAAAUUAAAUACAAAUAUAAGAGAAACUCCGGUAACUAUAACAUCAAGUGAUAGCAAAGAGAAGAAAAUUAUUGUUGUUAACAAAGAAGACACAGUAGAAAGUUGCAAUAGAAAUUUGAGCUUGUUGGAGGACAAGAAGAUUAUGUUAGAUCCAAAAAGAAAAAGGCCGAUUAAACCAGUGGAAGUUAAAGAGAGGGAUUCCAUAGCACCUUUGAGGUUGGAGGACUAUCCAGAUUUAUUAUCAUUGAUACAAGCAGCAGUGAGGAGACAUCCCAUAGUAUCAGCUACAGCAGUUCGACAUCUACAUCCAUACUGUGCUAGGUCCAGUGAGGAAUGGUUAUCGUGGAAUAUUGGGAAGAGAAGAGCCUCAGAGUGGCAGAGAGCAUCAAGUGUACGUCGGUUUCUGCUGCCCUACCUGGAACAUGGACAAACAUUUAAGGGAGACUCGUUGUGGACAGUAAAACAGAUCCUUACCUGGUGUAGAUUGCAUGCCUACAGUCCACACUAUAUAGAACGGCCUCUCCAUCCGACAGCCAUAGAUCUACAGGCGGAGACCUCAUUACCUUCUGAUCAACAACACAGGAAGUUUACAUCAGUAACUGAUAGCAUCAACAUCUUACAGGAAGUUACAUCAUUACAAGAUCUUACACCAGCUGUGGAGUGCCACAGUGAUGAGGAAAUUGAUAUCAUCUCAACAGGUACAGAAAAGCCACGAGUCAAACUGAAAGAAAAUGUUACUGUGCCAUUCAGUGAUAUAGAGAUGCUACCUUUAACAGAGGGGGCAGUGUUUGUGGAGAAUGUGACACAAGAGAUUGGUAUCAAACUUGUCCCUGCAGAAGUUGAACCAGGCUAUUUAGGUACAGUUUCACAUGGAAUGCUGUACAAGGCUAUGGAGCUAUUUAUGGGAGAUGUUUUGCGGGAAACCUUUGCUUUAAAAGUUAACAUGGGACGAUAUCCUGAUGCCCUGGGUGUUGCAGACGUAUAUUCGGCACUGAACUCUCUGCCAAUCACAGACUUUGUUACAAAUAAAUUUCUAGGAGUGGAGGAAAGCCAUGGAUUGACAAAAAUUGACAGAUGACACAAUGUUAAUGUCUUUCUGAACAAAAAAUUUAUACAGAGGCAAUAGUGAUAGAUCCUUACAGAGUUCUUUGAUUGCAAAAUCUUCCCCAGUUCUGUAUUUACAGAGAUUUUUUUUUACUGUUAAGGCAUCGCCACAGUGGCGGCCAUUUUACUCAAAAUUUUACAUGCAAAUUUUCAUAAAAAUAAAAGAUGAUUAAGUGGUAACAAUAAAGUCAAUAAUUUUGUCAUAAUUAUGUUCUAAAUAUCUAUGUGAACAUAUGCAAGUAAAAGGAUGUGCAUUUCACUACCUUUAUUCGAUAUUUUUCUCUGGCCAAAAUGACAAAAUUUUGCAAUUUUUCAUGCAGCCAAACUCAAUAUAUAUUCAAUUCAUGCAAAAACUAAUUACAGCCAGUUGUAAAGCAGACCAUGAAGAUCAAAGUCUUAUAGGGAAUUAUUUUAAAUUAUACCCGGUUAC